UUGGUCUUGCUCUCUUCUGGGUGACGCGGAUUGGAAGGGGUUCUCCAUACUUUUACCAAACUAUUUUGCUUUUUUUCGUCCCCCCCCUCCCCCUUCGUUUACUUUCUGAAACUGCAAAUACAUCUACAUUAUCAUAGAGAGGAGCCAUGAAGUGGACCUGGGUGCUUGUGGCAGUCUUGCUGUCCUUUGGGGCGCUAUCAUUGGGCAAGGAGAGCUUGGACUUCCCAGAGUACGAUGGAAAGGACCGUGUCCACGACCUCAACGCCAAGAACUAUAAGUCCGUGAUGAAGAAGUACGAUGUUAUGGUGGUGUACUACCAUGACCAUCCCGGAUCCAGCCGCGUCGCCCAGAGACAGUUUGAGAUUGAGGAGUUGGCCCUUGAGCUUGCAGCCCAGGUCCUGGAUGAGUUUGAUGAUGAGGACAUUGGAGUCGGCCUCAUUGAUGCAAAGCUUGACAAGGCCGUUGCAAAGAAAUUAGGCCUUGAAGAGUCCGACAGCGUCUUCAUCUUCACAGAUGAUGAGGUCAUAGAAUACGAUGGCGAGUUUGCAGCAGACACUCUUGUGGAGUUCAUCUAUGAUGUUCUUGAGGACCCAGUGGAAAUUAUUGACAAUAGUAGGGAACUGAAAGGCUUCGAAAACGUCGAAGAGGACAUCAAAUUGGUGGGCUACUUUAAGAGUCACAAGUCAGAACAUUUUGAGGCUUUUGCUGAUGCCGCUGAAGAGUUCCAUCCUCACAUCAAGUUCUUUGCCACAUUCAGUGCCAAGAUCGCCAAGGCUCUGGAGCUGAAGCUUAAUGAGGUGGACUUCUAUGAACCCUUCAUGGAUGAUCCAGUGGUCAUCCCAGGAAAACCUUACUCUGAGGAUGAGCUGGUGAAAUUCAUUGAAGAUAAUGACAGACCAACCCUGAGGAAGCUGCAACCACACAACAUGUACGAGAUCUGGGAUGACGAUGUUGAUGGUGAACAUAUCAUUGCUUUUGCAGAGGAGGCUGACCCAGAUGGUUUUGAGUUCCUUGAGAUCCUGAAGCAAGUUGCCGAGGAUAACACAGACAACCCAGACCUCAGCAUUGUCUGGAUUGACCCUGACGAUUUCCCCCUGCUUCUGCCACACUGGGAGAAGACUUUUGGAAUUGACCUGUCCUCUCCACAGAUUGGUGUUGUUGAUGCUGAUGAUGCUGACAGCGUGUGGAUGGACAUGGAUGAUGGCGAAGAUUUGCCAUCUGUAGACGAGCUGGAGGACUGGAUUGAGGAUGCUCUGUCAGGUGAAAUCGAUCCUGAUGAUGAUGAUGAUGAUGAUGAUGAUGAUGACGACGAUGAUGAUGACGAUGAUGAUGAUGAUGACGACGACGAUGAUGACGAUGAUGAUGACGAUGAUGACGAUGAUGAUGACGACGAUGACGACGAUGAUGAUGACGAUGAUGACGAUGAUGAUGACGAUGAUGACGAUGAUGAUGACGAUGAUGACGACGACGAUGAUGAUGAUGACGAUGACGACGACGAUGAUGAUGACGAUGAUGAUUAUUAAAUCAUUAAGUCAUAAUUUACUCUUUAAGUCUGACCAAUGCAGUUUCAAGAGUCAACAUCAUUAACUCUGUCAGAUCAUCCUCUUUUUUAUCAAGUUCUUGUUUUGAACUUCAUCAGUUCAUUUUGAUAUCACAUCUUCUCAUCAUCCUCUCUCUGCAUCUCACCAUAACAAUAUUCCAUGACUCGUUUAUCCCUCUCCCCUACAUAUUCACUAAUCCUUCAUGUACCAAAGUACUUUCUCAGAUCCCACAGUGCCUUUAUUCCCACAUGUAACACUGUCUGGUACAAUAAAAAAGAAAUUCCCUCAAAACUUUACCAUCUAGUGCUAUUGAUUUUCAGAUUAUUAAGGUUUUUAUUUAAGUAAUGGAGGGGUUUCAAUGUUGUACGCAUUAUGUCUGAGUCCAUCUGUGGAGUCUGUUGCAGUUUGAAUGUGUUUUAUUUAUUCACUUAUUUUCUUGUUCGCCCCAGCAUCGAAACAACCUUAGUCAGAUUCAAGGGUGCUAGCAGGCUUUUCUGACGGGUCUUAAGUAUCACCAGCCUACUCUGUGAAAUCAAUGUAACGCUGUACACUGAAAGUGCUGUACAUCAUAUGGAUGUUUUCUACGAUGAUGAAAUAUGACAACAGCCAUAUUCUAUUUUUGUAACAAGAGAAAUUUAACUUACUGUAAAGUCUUAAAUAAAUGACAGCUUGGACAGAAACCCCCUUACUGCAUAGUUUUUUAAAAGUGUGUGUGUGUUUGUGUGUGUGUGAGUGUGUGUGUGCGUGCAUGCGUGUGUGCGUGCAUGCGUGUGUGUGUGUGUGUGUGUGUGUGUGCAUAGUGUUGUAGUAUACCUAGUUGUUGUCAGGGUUGGACACAGGACUGUCCAAAAAGCAAAAAGCUACUAUCUGUCAGGUUUUAAGAUUUGACAGCAGCACAGACAGUGCAGACAGCGGUGCAUGCCAAUAUUCCACCAAUUUUCACUGGUUUGACUCUAUUUUUCAACAUACAAAGCCUUAUGCUAUUAGAAUCAUUUAAAACAAUCUGAUAAAAAUACAAAUCCAUACACAGCAGCAGCUUUCAAAUAAAGCCUGAAGGCUGCAAGGUGAAUCACAAAUGGACUGAGGUGUUUUUUCUGGGUCAGCACCUGCCCACUAACCUUUUAGUCACACAGUGUCUCCGUCAUGUGAUCUAUUUUUCUACAUACAUCUCCAGUGAUGCAGGGUUGGACUUGUAAACCUGUGGUAGAAAUGUAUGGACAUGAAGGAAUGUCUAGUUCAUACUUUGAUGUUAUUGUUGACCUGAGAGGUCUCAGAGCCCCUCAUGCUUGACUUAUGCUGGGAGGCUCCUGGGUGUCUGGGGGGAAUGACAAGAUGUCGACCAUGUCAGUGUUCCAGACUCACCUGACAAUGGAAGAGUCUGGGUCUUGAGCAACACACACACACAUAUUGUCUUGCCUCCUCCCUGGUGGCGUGAUUAUAUGUGAUUCUGUAUGAUGUAGGUCAUACUGUAUAAAGCUGAUCAAAUUUAAUGUUACUUUAAGUUUCUGGUAUCUGAC